AUGCCUCCUCCGUUCCUCCAAACACUACCACGAGAGAUCCGCGACUCAAUCUACACUUACAUUCUGGGAAGCCCGGAUGGUGUCAUUACGUUCUUGCCAUGGUCUAUAGAGGUCGCGCAAUCACUUUCUAUACUUCGAACAUGCAAACAAAUACAUAGAGAAUGCAAGGAUGUGAUUUGGGAGCACAAAGGAUUGAGCCUGCGGGAGUCUACCCAAUUGGAAUACAAACUCGAAAAAAUAUACUCGAUGUUUGGCGAAACAGCACGAUGGCAUAUACUUAUACAAUUGGAGGUUAUGGACUGGGAUGAAUUAGGAUGGAUCUGCAGGAGUCUGGCAUCAACGGCAGGGUCUUUGCAAAAUCUGCAUGGUAUUACGAUCAAGGCGAAUAAGGAACGGCCACAAACGGUAGAGGAGUUCGAGGAUAUCCUUGAUCUAAGGGAGAAUGGAGAAAUAGUCGAUGGGAGGCUAUAUCAGGAGUACCCCGGUAUUCCUUCGGCAGACAAGGAACCUCGGACUUGGAUGAUAAAUACUAGUUGGCCUCGAUUGUCUCCUUGGGCAAAGAGGAAAUGGUUGGCUGAGAUGCUGAUUGAUACGGCAGAUACAAGGAAUCUGUUAUAUGUAAUUCAUAAUGAAUUCGGCGGACGUUUAUAUGUGGAUGGAGUGCUGUGUUUGAAAGAAGGAAAGCAGACUGUCGAAGAAUUCAAGCUUGACCCAAGAGAUGGAGAGAUUAAAAUUAUACCCGGACGUAGGAUAAAGAAAUGCUGA